UGACCCUGACCCUAUAGCCCCUGUCCAACCCCAGAAGAAGCCAGCCUCCCUGCAGCCGGACCACAAUCACAAACAGUACAAACAGAUCAUGAAUAAACUUUUCCGGAGGAAGGGGUUGACGGGCCAGCAAGGGGGGGAGAUGGGGAGUGACUACAGCUCCUCCUCGGAUGGAGAAGGGGACAGCUCUACAUCCCUCUCCCCUGUCACUAACCCUGUCCCUAACACUGGACCUAACACUGGACCUGCCUUGACAGAGUACAGGGGGUACAAUUCCAUCCUGCGUCGGGCCAGUCGGGAACGAGGGGAUUCUGGUCAGAGGGCUCGGCUCAGUCCUCUGGUUCUACUGCUGGACGGGUCACUGGUGGGGGAACUAGACACUGUUCAGAGGGCCGUGCAGGAGAUGAAUGACCCGAGCCAGCCGAACGACGAGGGCAUUACAGCCCUCCAUAACGCCAUCUGUGGAGGUCACUACAGCGUGGUGGACUUCCUGGUUCGUAUAGGAGCCAACGUCUCCGCCCCAGACAGCCACGGAUGGACCCCCCUCCACUGUGCAGCUUCCUGUAACGACCUUCCUCUCUGUCAGUUCCUGGUGAGGAACGGAGCAGCCGUCAUGGCGGUGACGGAGAGCGAUGACGCCACAGCGUCUCAGAAGUGCGACCCGUACGCUAUGGGCUUCGAGGAGUGCGAGAGCUUCCUCAGGGGUGUGGAGGAGGCGAUGGGUGUGGAGAACAGUGGGGUACUGUAUGCCCUGUGGGAGUACCCUGCCCAGGAGGCAGACGAGCUGGGCUUCAGAGAGGGGGACAUGGUGACUAUCCUCCAGAAGCCUGACGGGAUAGAUUGGUGGUGGGCAUCACUUUGUGGCCGCGAGGGAUUCAUACCUAACAACUACUUCGGGCUGUUCCCUAAAGUUCGUCCUAAGUCCCUGUGCUAGACUCCUCUACCCAAUCAGCCCUCGCCCCACUGAAUGGCUGGAACGGGAACUGGAGAAGAAAACUGUUGUUGAAAACCUGGGAGGAGAAACUACAUUACGCAGUAUAACCUUUGUUCCUUUGUCCUGCCUGAUUUCACUAAGAAAUGAACUAGAAUAACAGGACAUGAGUCACUACAGUGAGACAUAGGGCAGGUACUGGGCAGGUACUGGGCAGGUACUAGACAGGUACUGGGCAGGUACUAGACAGGAGUGUCAGUGAUGAUAUUGCUGCAUUAUACUUCGUCAAUGACCUCAAUGUGUCACUAUCAUUUAGGUGUCUGAUUUUAUUGGUAUAUAAAAUCUCUCUCUCUGUCUCUCUCUGUCUCUCUCUCUGUCUCUCUCUCUGUCUCUCUCUGUCUCUCUCUCUCUGUCUCUCUCUCUCUGUCUCUCUCUCUCUGUCUCUGGCGCUCUC